UUCGUAACACCAACUUGUUCCCUGCGCUACCAAUAAAGGCAUACAAGGUCGUCGGAGCAGCACCCAACUUCAAGCAUGAUGUCGCUUGCCGCCCGGUCAGGGGCAUUUUCCCCUUACAUGCAGGCCACUGCUUUUACGGUUGCCGGCCCCCUGAAGGCUCUAUUACCUGGGGUUGUUUUAAAGGGAGAGAAGAUUGUGUUGAACCCGAAAAAACAGUUCCUGUGCCGGGAAUCGCUAAACGGUCAAAGCCCCAUGAGAGGCCCUGCUGUGACUGUUAGCAUCAAUGGCCCUGCAGGGGUCCGAUUUGCCCACACAGAUGUCAGGGUACCAGACUUCUCGGACUACAGGCGCCCAGAUGUCCUGGACCCCAACAAGUCAUCUCAGGAGAGCAGCGAAUCUAGAAGAAUCUUUUCAUACCUGAUCACUGGUGCCACGACCGUGAUGGGAGUUUAUGCUGCCAAGACAGUGGUCACACAGUUUGUUUCUUCCAUGAGUGCAUCAGCUGACGUCCUGGCCCUGUCCAAGAUUGAAAUCAAGCUAGGGGACAUCCCUGAAGGAAAGAACAUGACCUUCAAGUGGAGAGGCAAGCCGCUGUUUGUCCGUCACCGUACAGAGAAGGAGAUCGCUACAGAGGCUGAAGUGAACAUAUCCGAGCUGCGAGACCCUCAGCAUGACAAGGACCGUGUCGUCAACCCCAGCUGGGUCAUUGUCCUCGGGGUGUGCACACAUCUGGGCUGUGUGCCUAUUGCCAAUGCUGGCGACUUCGGAGGUUACUACUGCCCCUGCCAUGGCUCGCAUUAUGAUGCCUCAGGCCGCAUCAGGAAAGGCCCUGCACCCCUAAAUCUCGAGGUUCCCUUCUACGAGUUUCCAGAUGAAGACACUGUGGUUGUUGGAUAAUAACACUCCUAGACUGAGCUCUCAUCGUACAACAGCAUGACGGAUAUCUGUAUGAUAAAGGUGCACACAAGAAAGUCAGGAAAAGGUCAGGUGCAAUGAUGUCUUCAUGUCUUACUGGUUCUGCCAGCAGACAAAAAACUGUAGACAUUAUUUACAACUAGUGUAUGUGGAAAUAUAUUGUUCAUUGCAUUAGUUCUCACCUACUGUUUUCCCGAACAUGACGGAAGAAAUACAGAUUUUGAUAUUCCUCUCUGUGUGUUUAUUUAAUGUAAUGCAAUCACUUAACAAUAAAAUCUAGGACCUAUUCUGUAUCCUUUAAAUUCAGCUUUAAAUGCAAAACAUUUAGAGUAUAGUAUCUGAGUUAAAUGGUCGAACAAUAGGAAGAGCCAUCCUCUGUUCUUAUACAAGUAUAAUUUGAACAUGAAAUAAAAACAGCUACACAUCUUAUUUACCUGAGACACAUUAUCUCACAAGAAAAGAAUAAAUGUUGUGUUAUGCUCUCCCUAAUAAAGGAUUCCGUUUUGAUUGUCAA